GCAUGCGUGCCGCGGGGGAUGCCGGGAGCGCGCAGUGGCGGCAGCGGCGGCGACGGCAGUAGCAGCGGCAGCUACAGCGGGGACGCGAGCGGGGCGGUGACCGUGUGGGAGGUGGUCUCACUCUUGGGGAAGCUGCUGGGCACUGUCGCCGCGCUGAAGGUGGUUCUGUACCUGCUCCGGGUGUGCUUAGCGAUGGCCUGGAAAUCCGGCGGCGCCAGCCACUCGGAGCUAAUCCACAACCUCCGCAAAAAUGGAAUCAUCAAGACAGAUAAAGUAUUUGAAGUAAUGCUGGCCACAGACCGCUCUCACUAUGCAAAGUGUAACCCUUAUAUGGAUUCUCCACAAUCAAUAGGGUUCCAAGCAACAAUCAGUGCUCCACACAUGCAUGCAUAUGCACUAGAACUUCUAUUUGAUCAACUGCAUGAAGGAGCUAAAGCUCUUGAUGUAGGAUCUGGAAGUGGAAUCCUUACUGCAUGUUUUGCACGUAUGGUUGGACCUAGUGGAAAAGUCAUAGGAAUUGACCACAUUAAAGAGCUAGUAGACGACUCAGUAAAUAAUGUCAGAAAGGAUGAUCCAAUGCUUUUGUCUUCAGGGAGAGUGCAACUGGUUGUGGGGGAUGGAAGAAUGGGAUAUGCCGAAGAAGCCCCUUAUGAUGCUAUUCAUGUAGGAGCUGCAGCCCCAGUUGUGCCCCAGGCACUAAUAGACCAGUUAAAGCCUGGUGGAAGAUUGAUAUUGCCAGUUGGUCCUGCGGGUGGAAACCAGAUGUUGGAGCAGUAUGACAAGCUACAAGAUGGCAGUGUCAAAAUGAAACCUCUGAUGGGAGUGAUAUACGUGCCUUUAACAGAUAAAGAAAAGCAGUGGUCCAGGUGGAAGUGAUUUUAUCUUCUGCUCUUUCUUCUUCCACACAUGCAAGGGACGAACUGUAAAAGCAACAUCAGCUUGACCAGUAUAUAAUAUUACAGUGGAUUGCUCAUCUCAGUCCUCAAAGCUUUUGAAAAUCAACAGCAUCACAGCUUGUUUUGGACUUUCUUACACUAUUUUCAGCAUGAAAAUGUGUGGUUUUGUGGGGUUUGUAAUUCUUCAAAGAGGCACAGAAGCCAAAUUGGUAGAAGAAAGAUGCAAAUAUAAAUUUGUGUAUUAUUACUUUAACAUGCCCACGUUUUACUUUAAAUGUUAAAAGAAAGGGUUCUGCAAAAUGGAAAACAUAGUUUGUGAAUUGAUUUUGAGGAGUGGUUUUUCUUUUCUUAGACACUUAAUUCUGUUCAGAUGUUAAUUUAUCAGAUUGCUUUUGUGCAUCAGGUAACACCACCAUUCAUAAGUUAAGAUUCUUGGUUUUUGGCUGUAUGUUAGAUGCUACUAAGAAAAUAGAGAUGAGCUUCCUUUUUAAAGCUUUUGGUGUGGUGUCAUAGAAUAGCAUGUUGUAGAUACAAUCGGCUGCUUUGUUACCUUAAAACUAAGCAUUUGUAAAUAUUAAAACUUAAGAAGAUGACAGGUGAUGUCCCUUAAAACACUCAGCUGUUCAGAUUGGACAUAACUGACAUAGUUCUUCCUUUCUCUCUUUAAAAAUUCUAGGAGACUUGUAGCUCAGUAUUGUUUUUCUGUUUCUGAUUUGCUGCUCAUAAUGUGUAUGGAUUUAACAUGCUGUGUAAGCUGCGUCCUAGUCACUGAACAGUUGAUGCAGUGCUGCUUUGCCAAAUAAAGUUAAAAGUGAAAGGCACUGGCGGUGUUUGAACAUCGAAGAAUCGCGUGUCCACCAGGUGCACAAUGCCAAGAUCACAGAGAAAAGGUUGUUUCUCUGAUGCUCCAUUUUGUGAAAUCCGAGCAGGUUAAGAGCAUUAAUCUAACUGUACAUUUGUGCAAUGUGACUGCGUUUCUCAAGGACAAGAGCUACACCUCAUUUACUAUUGUUCUUUGCUUAACACAGGGCCUCUUGUAGAUGUACAAUAAAUGCUGAAUGA